UAAGCGAGAAAAUGUUCGAGGUGUCGUCCUUCGCGUAAAAAACUGUGUGAAAUGAUACUCUUUAGAAAAAUUUGCAGACAAAUUUAUCCCGAUUUAUCACAGUGAGAAAAAAGAAAGCAAAGAUGCUUGCACCUUUGACAAAACGGACUUUGUUACAACAGCUAGCAUUUGUUCGUCGUUGUGGAUCUACCUCCAGCACAGAUUCAUGCGACCCCUUCGAUCUAGUUAUUGUUGGGGGUGGCAUUGUUGGAUGCGCCACUGCCCGAGAAAUGAUGAUCAGGCAUCCCAAGUUAAAGAUGGUGAUCGUCGAGAAAGAAAACGCUCUGGCUAAACAUCAGACGGGACAUAACAGUGGUGUAGUACACGCUGGCAUUUAUUACAAACCUGGCAGUAUGAAAGCAAAACUAUGUGUGGAAGGUUUAAAAUUAUCCUACGAAUACUUCUGCAAACACGAUGUACCCCACAAUAAAGUUGGAAAACUCAUAGUGGCUCAGAACAAAGACCAGGUUAAAAGAUUGGACGAUUUGUACGAUCGGGGACUAAAAAAUAACGUACCGGAUCUUCAAUUAGUCGAGAAAGACUGCAUAUCUAAAUACGAACCUAAAUGUCAAGGUGAAAAGGCAUUGUGGUCGCCAUGGACGGGUAUAGUUGAUUGGGCAUUGGUUUGUAAACAUUUCGCCCAAGAUUUUGAAAAGAUGGGCGGCAAAAUAUUUUUGAAUUAUGAAGUUACCGGUUUCUCGGAGAUGACAGAAUCCAAAGGAAAAGGUGAAUUGGCCCCAAUUUCGGUGCAGUCCAAGGAUAGAUGUGUACCAACGAAAUACGUGUUAACGUGUGCUGGUUUGCAUUCAGACCGGCUAGCAGUAAUGACAGGGUGCGAUCUCAGUCCACGAAUCGUUCCAUUUCGAGGUGAAUACUUAUUACUGAGUGAGAACAAAAAGCAUUUAUGUACGACAAAUAUUUACCCUGUUCCGGAUCCCAGAUUCCCCUUUCUGGGCGUUCAUUUCACACCUAGAAUGAAUAGUGAAAUAUGGCUUGGGCCAAAUGCCGUCUUAGCAUUUGCCAGAGAGGGUUACCGGUGGCGUGACGUGAACAUAAAAGACUGCUUAGAAAUGGCGAAAUUCCCUGGAUUGUACAAGCUCUGUUUCCGAUAUUUUAUACCAGGUUGCAAAGAAAUCAUCAAAUCAAUUUUUUAUCCACUUGCAGUGAUAGAUUUGAAAAAGUUUAUUCCCGAGGUAUCUGUCAAAGAUAUUAAAAGAGGACCAGCGGGUGUUAGAGCACAGGCAUUGGACAAUAAUGGUAACUUGGUAGACGAUUUUGUUUUCGACGGAGGAAAAGGUAGCCUGGGUGCCAGAGUAGUGCAUUGUCGCAACGCGCCUUCACCAGCCGCAACAAGCUCUAUGGCAAUCGCUAAAUUCAUUGCCGACAAAUUGGAUGCUGACUUCAAAUUUUAACGAGUCUAACAAAUUUCAUCUCAAAGAGAAUAGUAAAUUUCAAAAAAUAUUAAGUUCUUCGCAGCUAUGUAUGAAACUGUGUUAUCCGUAGAAAAUGCACGUCUGAGAAUAAUCUC